UCCUUCGCCCUCUUUCCCGACCCGGGUCACGGCUGCAGGCGGUACCUUCCCCCAGCCCCAGUGGGCGGGUGGCAGGCAACAUGGAGAAUGCUGAAGGAGGUGACCCGACCAUGACUGAGGAGUCUCCACCGGCCAAGGUGGGAACUGAGCACAUCACUUCACAGGUGUCUCAGGAAGAACAGGGGCAGCUUCUUUUUCAUGAGGAAACCAUUGAUCUUGGUGGAGAUGAAUUUGGUUCUGAAGAGAAUGAGACCAUAUCAGAAGAGUCUAAUAAUUUUGUAGAUAAGCUUAAUGAACACAUGAUGGAAAGUGUCCUCAUUUCUGAUUCUCCUAAUAACAGUGAAGAUGACGUGGGUGACCUUGGUUGUUUGCAGGAUGUGGUGGAACCCAUAGAAAGCAAUGCUGAUCAUAGACUGGAAAAUAUCACAGAUAAAGAAGAAAUGGACACUCUGAGUAAUGGCAGUGAAACUGAUGGAGACAAUACACCAAAAGACGUCUCCGACAUGACCUCUGAUAGCAGAGGGUCUUUGAAAGAGGACUCCACAAAAAAAGGGAAAGGUAUGUCUGCAUUUGAGAAUGAAAAGGCAGAGAACUCAGCACCAAGGGAAGAAAAGACCCACCCAGAAGAGCAGGUCUCAGAAAUGUCUUCCAGUCGAUCCUCAUCUAAAGAUGAGCCUGUUCCUGUGUGCACCAUUUUCAGCAAGUCCAGUUCAGCACCUGCCCAGCCUCACUUGUUUCUGCACGAUGGCUUCGAGUCUCAAAUGGUAAAAUCUCCUAGUUUCAGCAGUGCUAGUGAGACAUCAGCAAAGACCCCUCCUCAGGUGGUCCAACCCAGUCCCAGCCUGAGUAAAUUUUUUGGAGAUACGGUCAACACUAAUUCUUUGGCCUCUGACUUCUUUGAUUCCUUCACUACUUCCACUUUCAUUUCUGUCAGUAAUCCUAAUGCAGGCUCUUCAGUUCCAGAAAAAUUGUCUUCACUCACUAGUCCGGUGGGAGAAACAUCCCCUGAUUCUGCAGACCCUUCAUAUUCUGCAGGGAUUGAAAAAUCAGAAUCAGGUGUUUGCACAGCUUCUAUAGAAAUUCCUGAGUCUCCAAAACCAUUUUCACAGAUCCAAGCAGUAUUUGCAGGGAGCGAUGACCCCUUUGCCACAGCCUUGAGCAUGAGUGAGAUGGACCGAAGGAACGAUGCCUGGCUUCCCAGCCAGGGGACCCAAGACAUCCUGACUGCGGUAGCCACCCAGCAGUACAGCACUGUGUUCGUAGACAAGGAGAACCUCACCAUGCCAGGCCUCAGGUUCGACAACAUCCAGGGAGAUGCAGUUAAAGACUUGAUGCUUCGUUUUCUGGGUGAAAAAGCAGCAGCAAAGAGACAAGUCCUAAAUGCCAGCUCAGUGGAGCAGUCUUUUGUGGGAUUGAAACAGCUAAUCAGCUGCAGAAAUUGGAGGGCAGCAGUGGACUUGUGUGGACGCCUCCUCACAGCCCAUGGCCAGGGCUAUGGCAAGAGUGGGCUGCCCACCAGCCAUACGACAGACUCACUGCAGCUUUGGUUUGUGCGGCUGGCGCUCCUGGUGAAGUUGGGCCUUUUCCAAAAUGCCGAAAUGGAAUUUGAACCCUUUGGAAAUCUUGAUCAGCCAGAUCUUUAUUAUGAAUACUACCCUCAUGUGUAUCCUGGGCGUAGGGGCUCCAUGGUCCCCUUCUCCAUGCGCAUCUUACAUGCAGAGCUUCAGCAGUAUCUGGGGAAUCCACAGGAGUCACUGGAUAGACUGCACGGGGUAAAAACCAUCUGCAGCAAGAUCCUGACGAAUUUGGAGCAAGGCUUGGCUGAAGAUGGCGGUAUGAGCAGCGUGACACAGGAGGGCAGACAAGCUUCCAUCCGGCUGUGGAGGGCGCGUCUGGGCCGAGUGAUGUACUCCAUGGCUAACUGUCUGCUCCUGAUGAAGGAUUAUGUGCUUGCCGUGGAGGCAUAUCAUUCUGUCAUCAAGUACUACCCAGAACAAGAGCCUCAGCUGCUCAGCGGCAUUGGCCGAAUCUCCCUGCAGAUUGGAGACAUAAAAACAGCCGAGAAAUAUUUUCAAGAUGUUGAAAAAGUAACACAGAAAUUGGAUGGACUACAGGGUAAAAUAAUGGUUUUAAUGAACAGAGCAUUCCUUCACCUUGGUCAAAAUAACUUUGCAGAAGCCCACCGAUUCUUCACAGAGAUUUUAAGGAUAGAACCAACAAAUGCAGUGGCCAACAACAAUGCUGCUGUGUGUCUGCUCUACCUGGGGAAGCUCAAGGAUUCGCUGCAGCAGCUGGAGGCCAUGGUGCAGCAGGACCCCAGGCACUACCUGCACGAGAGUGUGCUGUUCAACCUGACCACCAUGUACGAGCUGGAGUCAUCCCGCAGCAUGCAGAAGAAGCAGGCCCUGCUCGAGGCCGUUGCUGGCAAGGAGGGAGACAGCUUUAACACGCAGUGCCUCAAGCUGGCCUGAUCUGCCCCAGGCCACUCCAGGAACCACCCAGAUCUUUGUAAGCUGUGUACAUGGGAGCUAAUGUGUGACUGUGACUCCGAGGGAUUCAAUAAAGCUCUGAUUUAAUUGACA